GUGGGGGCGGCUAGUCUCUCCACAGCCUCCAGGCCGCCAUUUUGGUUGGAAAGUUUGGAAUUUCCAGCGGAGCGAGGCGGCGGUGGGAGGGAGCGCGCGCGAGAGCAGCCCCCGCCGCGCGGCCGUGAGGGAAUCUCGAGCGCCCGGGCCCCCUUCUCCCCCGGGGGGGAUCCGAGAGGGUAGCCGCCGCCCGAGCUCCGAGGCGGCUGCCCCGUCCCGGCUCCGCUCCGGACCCCCGGGGUCUGGUCUCGUCCUGCCCUCGAGUGUGGGGGAAGGCUCCUCCGAGCCCGGCGGGACCGGGCAGAGCGCGGGCCGCCCCCGCCGCAGCCCUAGCCCGCGCUGUCGGGAUCUGGCUGCCGGUCUUUGUCCCGCGCAAAGUUUGGGAGGGCGGUGGCCGGGCGCACCCUGCCCGAGCCGAGCGGCCGGAGUCCGGCUGUGCCUUACUCCCUGGGGUCGCUUCGGGCGCGGGCUGCUGCUGGGGAGCACCAUGCCUGUCCGGAAGCAAGAUACCCAGCGAGCUCUGCGCCUCCUGGAGGAAUACCGCUCCAAAUUGAGCCAAAGUGAGGACAGACAGCUGAGAAACUCCAUAGAGCGUGUCAUUAGUAUCUUCCAGAGCAACCUUUUCCAGGCUUUGAUAGAUAUUCAAGAAUUUUAUGAAGUGACCUUACUGGACAAUCCAAAAUGUAUUGAUCACUCUAAGCUAUCUGAACCAGUACAACAUGUGAAUACCUGGGAUUUCUCCAGCCUUCCAAGCACAACAGUGACAUCAGAAACACUGCCAAACAGCCUUAGCCCAAGUAUAGAGAAAUAUCGGUGUCAGGAUGAAGAUACACCUCCACAAGAGCAUAGCACCAAUGAGGUGACUGGUCCAGAGUUGGUUCAUGUAUCAGAGAAGAACCUAUCACAGAUUGAAAAUAUACAUGGAUUUGUUUCCCACUCUCACAUUUCACCAGUGAAGCCAACAGAAGCUGUUCCUCCCUCUUCUCCCAUUCUCCCUGUGAUCCCUGUCUCGCCAGUCCCUGCUGAGACCACUGUCAUCCCAUCCUCUACAUCGCAGGCAAAUCCUCCUCCUGUACUGGUGAAUACAGAUGCUUUGGAGACUCCAGCAUACGUUAAUGGCACGGAUGCAGAUUAUGAAUAUGAAGAAAUUACACUUGAAAGGGGAAAUUCAGGGCUUGGCUUUAGCAUUGCAGGUGGUACGGACAACCCACACAUUGGGGAUGACUCAAGUAUUUUCAUUACAAAAAUCAUAGCAGGGGGUGCAGCUGCUCAGGAUGGAAGAUUACGGGUUAACGAUUGCAUAUUACGAGUAAAUGAAGUGGAUGUUCGUGAUGUGACACACAGCAAAGCAGUUGAAGCAUUAAAGGAGGCAGGAUCCAUUGUGCGGUUGUAUGUCAAAAGAAGAAAACCAGUCACAGAAAAAAUAAUGGAGAUAAAACUUGUGAAAGGGCCGAAAGCAGGACUUGGGUUCAGCAUAGCUGGUGGUGUUGGAAAUCAGCAUAUUCCUGGUGACAACAGUAUCUAUGUAACCAAAAUUAUUGAAGGAGGUGCAGCACAUAAAGAUGGCAAACUUCAGAUUGGAGACAAACUUCUAGCUGUGAACAGUGUUUGCUUAGAAGAAGUUACACAUGAAGAAGCAGUGACUGCCUUAAAAAACACAUCUGAUUUUGUUUAUCUGAAAGUUGCAAAACCCACCAGCAUGUUCAUGAAUGAUAGUUAUGCCCCUCCAGACAUCACAAACUCUUAUUCUCAGCCAGUGGAUAACCAUAUCAGUCCAGCUGCCUACUUGGCACAAUCUUUGCCACCAUCAUCACCAGGAAGAUAUUCCCCAAUUCCCAAGGGAAUGAUUGGAGAUGAUGAGAUAACCAGAGAACCUAGAAAAGUUGUCCUACAUCGGGGAUCAACGGGGCUCGGUUUCAACAUUGUGGGAGGGGAAGAUGGAGAAGGAAUUUUCAUCUCUUUCAUUCUCGCAGGAGGGCCAGCUGAUCUGAGUGGCGAGCUCAGGAAAGGAGACCGUAUAAUUUCGGUAAAUGGUGUAGACCUUAAAGCUGCAACCCAUGAACAAGCAGCAGCAGCCUUGAAGAAUGCAGGCCAAGCAGUAACCAUUGUUGCACAAUACCGUCCAGAAGAAUACAGUCGUUUUGAAGCUAAAAUACAUGACUUACGGGAGCAGAUGAUGAACAGUAGCAUUAGCUCAGGAUCAGGAUCUCUGCGGACCAGCCAGAAGAGGUCCCUAUAUGUCAGAGCUCUCUUUGACUACGACAAGACUAAAGACAGUGGCCUUCCCAGUCAGGGACUGAACUUCAAAUUUGGCGACAUCCUCCAUGUCAUUAAUGCUUCUGAUGAUGAGUGGUGGCAGGCACGGCAGGUGACACCAGAUGGAGAAAGUGAUGAAACUGGAGUGAUUCCGAGCAAACGGAGGGUUGAGAAGAAAGAAAGAGCCCGCUUAAAGACAGUGAAAUUUAAUUCCAAAAUGAGAGGAGAUAAAGGGCAGUCAUUCAAUGACAAGCGUAAAAAGAACCUCUUUUCCCGAAAAUUUCCCUUCUACAAGAACAAGGACCAGAGUGAGCAAGAAACCAGUGAUAUUGACCAACAUGUAACCUCUAAUGCCAGCGAUAGUGAAAGUAGUUACCGUGGCCAAGAAGAAUACGUCUUGUCUUAUGAACCAGUCAGCCAACAAGAAGUCAAUUACACUCGGCCAGUGAUUGUUUUGGGACCCAUGAAAGACAGAAUAAAUGAUGAUUUAAUCUCAGAAUUUCCAGACAAAUUUGGAUCAUGUGUUCCACAUACUACCAGACCAAAACGAGAUUAUGAGGUGGAUGGCCGGGAUUACCACUUUGUCACCUCUCGAGAGCAAAUGGAGAAGGAUAUUCAGGAUCACAAAUUCAUUGAGGCUGGCCAGUACAACAAUCACCUUUAUGGAACAAGUGUCCAGUCAGUGCGGGAAGUAGCAGAAAAGGGGAAACACUGCAUUCUUGAUGUCUCUGGCAAUGCGAUCAAGAGGUUGCAGAUAGCCCAGCUGUACCCAAUCUCCAUUUUUAUUAAACCCAAAUCAGUGGAAAACAUCAUGGAAAUGAACAAACGUUUAACAGAGGAGCAAGCCAGGAAGACCUUUGAGAGAGCCAUGAAACUGGAGCAAGAAUUUACUGAACAUUUCACAGCUAUUGUCCAAGGAGACACACUGGAAGAGAUAUACAACCAGGUGAAGCAGAUCAUAGAAGAACAGUCUGGGCCUUACAUCUGGGUACCAGCAAAGGAAAAAUUAUGAAAAUUGAAAGAUUUUUGGUUUUCAUUUUCUAACUGACAUUACCUACUCAUUGACAACUUGUAACCCUUUUCAGUGGAGCCUGCCUCUAGCUCUUUCCAGUGUGGGUCACACACUAAACAUCACAUUCUGCAGUUCCCAAAAUUUUUUACAUUUGGUGUCUCUCUUAGUUUGGAUAAUUUGUAGUAUUCUGUGGUAGUGUUCAUUUGACAUUUUUCAAACAUGAAGGUCGAAUGGCCUGACCAGCUAUUAAGGUAGGGUUGGGGAAUUAUAUGGUAAAAUUCCUUAAUGUUUAAGGGAAAGUAAGUUUCAGAGAUUUUCAGAAAAGAUUUAUAUACAUUCUUUUAAAAUUUCAUAGCAUAUGAAAGAAAAGUCAUCUUACCCAAUGAUGUAAAUCGUGAGCAACUUUGCACACUUAAUUAUAAUAGCAUGGGUUGGCCAAGCAUUUAAUUUCAAGUUUUAGUUUGUGGGUUGACUUUCUGUUGUCGCAGCAAAUAUUUUUCUUUAUAAACAAUUAAUGUAACUUUUUUUUAAUUUCCAAAUUAAUGUAUUCAUUAACUUCCAUUAAUUCACAAGGGAUAUUCAUUUUCAAAAUUUCAUAAUGAUAUUCUUAUAGUCUAUUUUUAUUCAUUUUUUGCAUAUACAGUUGCUAGGGAUAAAGAUAUUUAAUGUUUUUAAUCUUACUCAUGCAACACUAUUUACAGUGUCUUACAAAAGUUGUUUAUGGAUUAUGGUCAUCACUCUUUUCUGAGUCGAAAACAUGUUUAGGUGCUAGGGAAGCUUGUAUUUUACAAAUGAAUAGCAAAUUUUCAUUGGCAGCAAAACAGAAAACACUUGCAGUGAUGGAUGAUCAUUAAGGCGAUAAAAAGAGAGUCAGAUUUGUAGUUUAAAACUGUGUGUCUCCUUAGAGGUGUCAGAUUUUAAUGAAUAUUUUACCCACAAUAAUUGCCUAUUUUGUUAUAAAAUGUUCUUUAACUAUAAACUCUGUAACUAUGGGAAUUAUUUUCUUUACAUAGUUGCGCACACAUAUAUAUAAAAUAUAUAUAUUUUUCUUUUCCCACCUACUCCUAACUUUUCUUUUUUUGUUUUUGUUUUGAGAAUAAAUACAAAUUAGAAUUUAUCUUCCUUAAUCAUGUGAAAUGAAAUGCGGUAUGGUGGCUGGGUAAAACAUCUGGGGGAUAUUAGCUAAAAGAAAAAAAUAUGGGCAAGUUCUCCUCUUUUCUACAAACAAUUUCAGAUGUUUGGUUUUGGGGUUUUUUCUUUUCCAUGUGAUGUGCAUGUUUUAACCAAUGGGAGAUUUCAGAGUCAACGGUCAGUUUUUAUGUACAUCUCAGACUGCAUCUGUGUCAUAUCUUCCAUGGUGGCUCUGCACUGGAGAGACACAGGCCUCUGAUCUGAGCAAUUAUAAAUACAUUUCUGCAAAAUAUAGAACUAACAUUAUUCAUUCCAUUUGUCAGAAAGAGGAGAACAGCUAAUAAAGUUUAUUGUACAACAUAUUUUUGUGUGUCUUUAAUUAGAUAAUCUAAAAUACAGGUGAUGUAGAAAUAAGAAAUUAAGUUUGCAAACAAUAAAUUGGCAGGAACAGUAAAUAAUGAGCAACGAUGUGAUAGAGGAACAUUGAAAAACUAGUAUGUGGGCCAAAGAAGUUCAGUGUAGUUAAAGUAAAUGCAGGUUAGAUCUUGGGGCAAGGAGUUAAGUAAUAAGCAUGUGUGAGAGAACAAAGUAUUGCAGAAUAUUGGUAGAUUUGGGAAUCCUGUCAAUGU